AUGACGGAAUGUAAAAUUGAAACGACUUUCUAUCUAUCUAUCUAUCUAUAUAUUCAUGUCAAUGACUAUCUAUUUGUUCAUGUCAAUGACUUUAUCUAUCUAUCUAUCUAUCUAUCUAUCUAUCUAUCUAUCUAUCUAUCUCAGUCUUUUCAUAUCUAUUUAUCUAUCUAUCUAUCAAAAUUGAUUUCUCUAUCUCGAUCUGUCUCUCACUCUAUCUAUCUAUCUAUCUAUCUAUCUAUCUAUCUAUCUAUCUAUCUAUCUAUCUAUCUAUCUAUCUCACGAUCUGCCUCUCUCUUUAACUAUCUAUCUAUCAAAAUCUGUUCCUCUCUCUCUCUCUCAAUCUCUAUCUAUCUAUCUAUCUAUCUAUCUAUCUAUCUAUCUAUCUAUCUAUCUAUCUCAGUCUUUUCAUAUCUAUUUAUCUAUCUAUCUAUCAAAAUUGAUUUCCCUAUCUCGACCUGUCUCUCACUCUAUCUAUCUAUCUAUCUAUCUAUCUAUCUAUCUAUCUAUCUAUAUGAUACAUAA